CUUAGCUCGCUUUCAGGUCUCAAGAUGAACACGAUGCUUUGCUUAUGCUUCUUAAUGUUUUUUUGGCGCGUUGGCGCCGAUUGCCAACUUGGCGCUACGGAGGUCUCGGAAACAACUCGAUUAUUUACUUAUCGCGACGAUGAUGGUGAGCUCUGUCUACAGCGCUUGGAUAUGGUACCCACCGACCAAACAUUGGAAAUGAUUUGCAAUAUCAGUGAUGUGGAGUACACCACUUGCGAGCAGAAUGGCAAUAUGUCGCCACCGUUGCCUAUCACCGAUUGCAGUAAACUAAUGAAGGGAAUUGUGGAGGUGGUUAGUGAUGAGAUAUGUCCAUUUACCAUGUACCGAGUGGGUUAUAAGCUGAGUGAUACGCAGUUUCUCGAGCUAUAUAGAAGCUGUUAUGAUGUGCCAAACCAAACAGCGCACUUUGUUAUACAUCUGGCAUACCCCAUCACAUCGCCCGCACCACGCCCCGACCAAUCAUUCACCUCAGAUGGUGUUAUUAGCGGCGCCGCAGCUGCUUUUUUCCAGGCUAAGAACAUUUAUGCAACCUUCAAGGAGACACUCGGACCAAAUCAGAAUUUUGUUACCUCCGCACGCGACCUUGUCUUCGAUCGUGGUCAUCUUGCGGCUUCCGCCGACUUUGGUUUUGAGUCGUAUAUGCGAUUAAGUUUCAAGUAUCUGAAUGUUGUUGCUCAGUUUGGUUCAAUCAAUCGUAGCAAUUGGAAAACCCUGGAAACCUGGAUACGCAACCAGCUUAACGAUGGCAAUUUUGAAGUGCUGAAGAUCUGCACGGGAGGAUUUGGUGUCCUAGAGCUGCCGCACAGCAUUACUGGGGAACUCAAGCCGAUUUAUUUGAACGCACCAAGCAGUAAUCCAGUACCCAAAUGGCUCUUUAAGACUGUCAACGACGGAGACGGUACUCGUUACGCUUUCCUAACCUACAAUAAUAUCCAUGACGCUAGUAUACCAACUCCCAAUUGUCAGCAGGUUGCAUGUCCUGCAACGCUGCAGUUUGUGGAUACCAAGGAGGCAGGUCUCAGCUUUUGCUGCGAUCCCAUCGAUUUUCUUACCACAAAUGUACCACACUUAGCAAAUGUUUGCUAGGUGUUCAGAAUUUACUUUCUCUAUUUUCAGAUCAGAGGCAUGAUUGUUAUAUUCUGAAUUUGCAAAUUUUAAAACCAUUUAAAUUGUAAUAUAAUUUCAAAAUAAUUCAAUUAUACAAAUUCCAAAACAGUUGUCAAAUCAAAAGCUUUCCAUAAAUAAAUCUUAUUUCACAUGAAAA